UAUGGACAAACGGUGUUUGACAUUCAACUUCGAGGAGAGAACUCGGAUCUGUGAAUUGAACGACGCUGACCACAAAAAAGACCUUCGAAAGGCUCAAGGUUUUGUCUACGUUGAUAUUAAGAAGUCAACCAAGAAAUAUGAAGUCACUAGUACCAGCCCUUCUCAAACAACAUCCGGGCUAGAAACAGAUGCUAGUGCCAGUACUACUCCACCUACUAGUACCAGUACUACUCCAACCACCAGUAAUAUUCAAAUUUCCAGUCCAGAUGCUAGUGCCAGUACCACUCCACCCACUAGUACCAGUACCACUCCAACCACCAGUAAUAUUCAAACUUCCAGUCCAGAUGCUAGUUCCAGUACUACUCCACCCACCAGUACCAGUACUACUCAAACUACAAAAACGGAGACUAGUGCCAGUACUACUCAAACUACAAAAACGGAGACUAGUGCCAGUACCACUCACACUGCCAAUCCAGUUGUUAGUUCCAGUAUCACUCCACCCACCAGUACCAGUACUAUUACAACAACAAACUGGUCAGGUUCAAGUUCUUUUCUUGCUGGUCACUCGUGCAAGGGAAUCAAAGGUGAUUCUCGUGGAGAAUCUCGUAGAGAUGGAGAAUACUGGAUUGAUCCUGGGAACACUGGAMAACCCUUUACUGUCUACUGUGACAUGACUACUGAUGGAGGUGGAUGGACACUGAUUAAACGAUCAAAUYUAACCUCUACCAAACGAAAUCGAUCCGACAUAUUUGACCGGAACGACUAUCGUGCAAUUUCUAACUACAGUGAUUUGAGGCAAAACAUUCUCACCACAGCGAUUCAAGACUUAAGAAAAACGAUGGGCUUUGAUCAGCUUCGAUAUCGAUGUCGCAAGAAAAGAAUCAAUCGAACUCUUCACAUAAUGACGAUAAACAAUAACGCAGGUUAUGAAGUCCUGGAUCACUUUCUUGUUCAACCAACAUGGCCGACAGCAUGCAACUCAUUUGAAAGAUUACCAGAUGAUACAUCGAUUCUUGCACGGAAUUGCAUUAAGUGGGGUGAUUCUGGUCUAAAUAACGGGACUGACCAUUGGGGCAAGUCUUCAAAUAAAGGUCGAUACAGGGUUUAUAAUCACGUUAUUGUAUUGAAACCGAACCACCGUUUGGCAUUUAUGUCAGGAGGACCUUAUUAUUGCGACGAUUCACUUCGCUCUGUGAGCAUUGGAGACUUCUGGGAGCUUUAUGUCCGUUAAUAGACCUUUUACGUCACUACUUGAUUUCUAACGCAUUGUGGGAUUAGUUUCUAAAGAAAACAAAAGAAAUCCGCAAUGUUUUGUCCCAAACAUAUCCUACAAUGCAUUGCGUAUACGGUACAUGACGUAAAAGCUUUAGAGGUCUAUUUGAAAUAAGAUAAUCAGGGGGAUCCACUUUGUUUUCGCAUUUUCCUAAAACGAACUUUUUGUACUGUCUCUCGAACUGAUAGCAAAUGUAACAUGAAUGUAGUUAUAGCAGCGCAUCUCUUAAGUCUCAAAACGCUUUACAGUUCUGUGUGCAUACAUUACAGCCAUGUGGUAAAAGUGUUAUAUAAAGCUGCUUGCCUAAUGUAAGAUAUAAGCCAGCUUCAUCCUUCUCGGAUGCAAUUUUGUACGAUGCGUUUUAGUCAUUUUAUUUCAUUUGCAAUUUAUUUUAUUAUUAUUAUUUUUUUUUAUGCUCGAUCCACCACCGAUAAUAAUGAAUCAGUAUACGUUUAUUAAACCCUUUGCUGUCAAAUAACUAAAUUACAUGUUAGGCCAGCAUAUAUAUAAUGAAUAUUAACGCUAACAUUGAAUGGAUUAAGAUGCAAUAUAAUAGAUGCUAACGAAGAUGAGAAAAAUGGAAAACUGACUAAGGUGUAAAAUAUCUUGUAUAAUAUUUCUUUUUUCAAUAUCUCAAAGAACUUAGGAAUAAGUAAUGGAAGGAGUAAUGAUAGGAGUAAUGAUAACUUUACUUUAAGCUAAUAACAAGUCAAUAAGCACAUUUGAUUGAUAUGUUACUAGACACAUGAUGUAUUACUGUCAAAAACUCAUAUCAAAUCAACCAAUCAAAUUGCUUCCCUACAAAUUGACGUAAAUUUUCAAUAAAGUGAGUUGAGGUCAGUAGACA